GCACGAUGGCAGGCGAGCUUCUGUUGCCGGUCUUGUCUAGUGCGGCCUACGCCAAAAGGUGGAAACAACAGCAUGUUGAUCAUGAUCACGAUCAAAGUGUUUUUAAUGAAAAUGUUGGAAGUGCGUCUUUUAUUUCGGAUGUUGCAGUACAACGAGAACAAUCGGAACUGGAGGAUUACAUUGGUGCUUGCUUCCGGAAGGCCUGCGGUUUGAGUCGGCUAUCAGUGCUGCCGAACGGAGGAAGGGCAGCUACGUUCGCGGCAAAGCUGUACAACGAAGCCGCCCGACUACGAUGGAUGUCCCUUCCCCAUGAAGAUGUUGGUCAACAUCCUCCAGGUUUACGUCAGCAGGAGGAGCUUUCUACAAGUACUAGUAGAUGGAAAGAUCAGCAGCUGCAUCCUACUAGAUGGAAAGAAAUAUUUCUAAAUGAAGAGACGAAGAUGAAGAAACUGGGGAUGUUGUCCAAUGACAACGACCCCCUGUGGUGGAAAGUAGUGAGAGUUGCUGACUGGGAUGACGAAUGGAGUUCCACUUCGGUUUUUGACACCCUUAUCGGGGACGGGAAACCCUGCGCACGACAUCAAGGCCGAAAAACCAAUCAAAUGCUUUUCGAGCACUGGACUAAGCAUCCGAAGCCGUUUGAUGAGAGGACUAUUCGACAUGCGUCGUUUGUGACGAACGGGACAGAGUAUUGGAUUCCGCGCUCAGGUUUUCACUCGUCUGACCCCUACUUCGCAGCUCUUCUAGCGCUCUGUGACUGCUGCAAUUUCUCGCUUGACAUCAACGCGACGGGCACCGGCACCGCGACGAGCAGCCGUAGUCCUCGCGAAGCUCCUGCUCCUGUGAAGACAUUUCACGAUAUGGUGGUCCUUGCGUCGAAAGUGCUAGAAGAAGAUGACGAGCACGAGACCUCUGCUGCUGCUGCUGCUGGUCAAGACGCGACUUGUUCCAGGAGCCGCCAGGAUUCUCCAAGGUUCAACCGAGCAAAUAUUAACAACGUCAAACUCAAACGAGCAACCUCAAACGUCGAGCAAAUGUCACCCCCAGUCGUGAGGGGCACCCUCCAACAUCAAGAUGUAAUCGACCAGAAAAUUUUCAAGCGCAACGCGAAAGCACUCGAAGAUUGGGAAGUAGAACACUCAACAAUUGGUCAUCAAAAGGAUGUUGGUUCUCAUCGAGAAAAUGACGAUCAGCAGUCGCCGAGAAUUCAUCAAGAGUCAGAGUCACAAAUUAGAAAUGAUGAGUCGUCGAAAAUUCCGAUCUUGAUUUGUGGAACUUCUAAAAAAAGGAGAGACUACCUUGGAAACUAUUCUGGCGGUGGAUCAAGUGAUGGAGAAGAGGAUGAUAUCCCAGAUGCAGAACAUCUUCAACAUGAAGAAGAUGAGGAUUAUCAUUUGAAACGAUUGCUGCCAGAUCUACGCAAGCGAUUGAGUCCCGGACAAAAGCGUGUUUUUCCAGGAGUCGACCUUCUUCAGGGUACUUUUCGAGAGAUGCUUCCUUGUGAUCAAUGCACCGGCGAUAACCAUGGUAUCGGAUCUGAUUAUGAGACAUCCGACGAAGAGUCGUGUCUUUAUCCGCCUCGCAGGUGGGACGACGAGCGGCGGCGUCCUGUUCUGCCUCGGAUUUGUCCGUGGAGGCUAUUUCGAGAAAACGUCGAUGUCAAGGGUGAUUUUACUACAGAGAGGCCUCUAUCAGUAGAAUGCCUGAAGAACGAUACAAGAGAUCCGUGUCCUCUAGCAGCAGAUGGCGUUCUUUGUAAAAACGACACAACACUUGCCUGCCAUUUGGACAAGCGCGGCCCUCGCCGGCGGGCGGGCCUUCGGAAAGCGUGCGCGGAUUUUCAACAAGCUUUACGUGAGCACUGCGUCAAUGCUGACGCCGCAAGCCCGCUGCCACCACCUGCAGAAGUUGACGGGUUUACAGUUGAGGAUGAGGAGUACUGGAAGCACAUGAGAGACUCCCUUUUUCCUCCUCAUUCUUCCAGCGAAAUGUCAGAAGCGGACCACUUAGUUCUGCUGGACUGCAGCGCUGCAGAAAUGGCGGGCGACUUCUUUGAUUGUAG